CCCAGAACCUUACGACGUGCGAAGUAUGCGGCGCCUGCUUCGAAACCCGCAAAGGUUUAUCCAGCCAUGCCCGUUCUCACCUACGGCAACUCGGCGUAGCCGAAUCGGAGAGCAGCGGGGCUCCCAUCGAUUUGCUUUACGAACUGAUGAAGCAAAAAGGCAAACCCGACGGCAGCCCCAUGUCUCCCACCCUCGGCAAAAAAUCCGGUUCCCCCAAAGAUGCCGCCACCGGUUCCCCUCGACCCGCUCUCCUGGCGCUCGGCAAGGCCGGCGAUCGCCCGUCGGAUGGUCCCAUUAAUAAAGCCAUCAAAUCCCCUCCCGGCUUCUCAAAAAAUCUCUCGCAACCAGGAUCCCCCAUCCUUAAGAAGGUGCCACCCGCUCUUUCGGGGUCCCCGUCUCCGAAAAACCCCGAGGAGAAGAGCUCCAAGCUCUCGCUGAGCCCCCUGCAGAGCUCCCCGAAAGCGCAGUGGCCGCAGGCGGAUGAGGAAGGACCCCUCAAUUUAACCUCGGGUUCGGAGCCGGUGCGAGAUAUCCGCUGCGAAUUUUGCGGCGAAUAUUUCGAAAACCGGAAAGGUUUGUCAAGCCACGCUCGAUCUCACCUCCGCCAAAUGGGGGUGACCGAGUGGUCGGUCAACGGUUCGCCCAUCGAUACGCUACGGGAAAUCCUCAAGAAGAAAUCCAAACCCGGCGAAGCUUGCGGCGAGCUGUGCGGCCUCUACUUCGAAAACCGUAAAGCCUUGGCCAGCCACGCGCGGGCACACCUCCGGCAAUUCGGCGUCACCGAAUGGUGCGUUAACGGUUCGCCUAUCGAAACCCUCAGCGAAUGGAUCCGACAUCGACCCCAAAAAGCCGGCGCUUACCGUAGCUACAUCCAAGGCGGACGACCCUUCACUAAGAAAUUCCGGAAUUCUUCGCACGGCCGGGAUCACGACGGCGGCGGUCGACGGAUGCCGCUCGGUCUUCAAGCCGGCGGCGUGACUUUUCUGAGCAAAGGAUUGACGGGAGAUUUGGCUCACGGCGAUGCCGGAAAAAUCCUGGAUGGGGGAAGCGGCGGUGAGCGACCCAUGAUCACUUCUCCUCUCUCUUUGGUGAAGGUGGAGGAACAUCAACGCUCCAACAUCAACACCCCCCCGCCGCAAACUUCCUUGGUGAAAUUUGUGGGGAACAUCUACACCCUCAAAUGCAGGUUCUGCGAGGUGGAAUUCCAAGGUCCCCUCUCCAUCCAGGAGGAAUGGGUACGGCAUCUCCAACGACACAUCCUGGAAAUGAAUUUUUCCAAAGCGGAUCCU